AUGGCGCUGCUGUUCCUCACCUUUUGGCUCCUCCAAGGGUACGAACUUUUGUCUUCAGCAGACCAUGCCGACUCGCUGAACCAGUCGUGUGAGGAGGAGGCCUCAUUCAUUCAGCUGGACAAAGCCGACACUGGUACCCGUGAGACCGCUUGGCUGCUGGGCAAGCCAGGAGAGUCUUGCACCGAGACCUGUAUCUUUGGCAGCAAAUGCAAGGUCGAAAAAUUGAUGAACACACGUGGCGCCGACUUGCUUCAAGUGGCCCGGGAUCUUGGACUACGGCCCAUUGCGCUCAGUCCUUUCAACUCGGCAGAUCCGGACAGCAACGAUGGUGAGCUGUUUCAGGCCGAUCCCAAUUUCCCCGUGCAGAGCUGCGAUGCGAAAGGGCCCUACGAACGCUUGUGCUUUUGCGUGAAGAAGCCGAAGAAUUGCUGCACAAAGAAGCAACAGAGGAAAUGCAAAAGGAACAGGUAG